GGAAAACACAAACCAACUCUAGCUGCGUGAGCCACCACUUUAUGGAGCGGGGUGGUAUUAAGAGUACUGAGACCUGCGAGAAAGGAGCAGAGGAUGUCCAGAGCUGACUGGUCCUUCCUGGAGCACCUGCUGGAGGAGGGCCAGGAGUAUUCCACAGGCAUUGGCCGUGUCUGGCUUACUGUACUCUUCCUGUUUCGUAUGCUGGUACUUGCAACAGCUGCAGAAUCUGCCUGGGAUGAUGAGCAAGCUGACUUUGUCUGCAACACAGAACAACCUGGCUGCACUGCUGUCUGCUAUGACAGAGCCUUCCCCAUCUCCCACUUUCGCUACUUUGUCUUCCAAGUCAUCUUUGUCUCCACGCCGACUAUCUUCUACUAUGGAUAUGUGGCUAUAAAGGCUAGGAAGGACAAGACAAAAGAGGAGGCAAAGGAUGACAAGCAGGCAGAAGAAGGUGGUGAAAAUAAGGGAAGAACUACUGUGAUAGAAAGAGACAAUGAGAAUGUAACUAAAGGCAACAUAGAGGAGAAAGAAGAGGGUGGUGGGAAAGGUAGAAAGGCAGAAAAGGUUCCUCCUAAGGCUCCUAAACUGAAAGGCAGGUUGCUGUGUGCAUACGCAUUCAGCAUAAUGUUAAAGGUACUGCUAGAAGUUGGCUUCAUCAUUGGGCUGUGGUUCCUCUAUGGUAGCUUCUUUAUAGCGGCAAAGUUUGAGUGCUCACGGCCCCCUUGUCCUCAUACAGUGGACUGUUUUGUCUCUCGACCCACAGAGAAAACCAUCUUCACCAUCUAUUCUCAGGUGAUUGCUGCCAUCUCCGUGCUUCUCAACCUUACUGAGCUCCUCCAUCUCCUUCAGCUUGCCAUUUCCCAUCACCUGGAGAAACGCUACCAUACCCAGCAGCAAGACUACCUAUUUCUGUCUGAGCAGGUACCACCCGGGCAAGAGACUCCUGAACUCCAAACAGAGGUGUCACAGUCUUACAAAGCAGAAAGCCAUGUUCAUCUUCCCAUACAGGGUGAGGUCCCAUGCUACCCCAACCCCUGUGAGAGCUAUAGAGAUCUGGCAGUAGAGAUGAACUGGGGUCCUGGGGAGACUGGGAGCAACCUGCUUCCCAGUUAUAUGAAUUGCAUGGGGACUAGAAAGACAUCACAUUCCCCUAGAUCCCCUUAUAAGAAGCAUGCACACCACACUGGGAAAAACACUAAGGGUGCUCAUAAGGGACACUUAAAGCAGAAACAUUAUGUAUGACACAGUUAGAUGGGGCAUAAGUUUUUUAUGAACGUGAAGGCUUUGUUUUUCAUCUGAGUCUUCCAGGUUAUUAUAAAUGCUAUCCUACACAUGACAGGUGAGUGUCAGGGAGUGCAUGGUGGAAGCUGAAAUGAGUGGAAAAUGAAGAACAGCUAUUGCACUGUGAACUCAAUGCCUCAGAGGCAGGUAGACAUUCAAAUGGAGAUUUACCAGAUAAAUGGACCUGUUCAAAAUGAAACAUUUUGAGAACAUUCCCUAAGGCGAAAAAAUGAGACUCCACAAUGAGAAAAGAUUACAGUCAUUAGAUGCCUUAAUGUUACAUUUAAUAGCUUUUAGUGCUGAAUGGGACAGUAAAAAAAUCACUGCGAGGGGGGUCUGUGGCAGAUCUAGGGAUACUGUGUGAGUGUGCAUGAGAGGAAAUGCAGUGGAAGAAUAUUUCUCUGAGACUUUUGUUGUAGCCCCUAGAAUUGUAUGAAGCCCAUUCCUCUUCCCGUUGGUUUUGUCCACACUGUAGAAUGCACUGGUCUCUGGAUCAUAAUCAGCUCCCAAGAGGAUAAUGGCUGCAUAGAUGCAAACAAGCACACACACACAUGCACAAUUUGACCUAGUGAAUCUUAGUCACUUGAUUUGGGAAAAUGAACUGGGAAGACAGUGAAAAAGAAAAGGCUAUACAAGCCAGGGAAAUUCUAGGGUUUGUAGGUGACUUAACCAUAGUAUGUUAGCUAUGAAGAAAGAGAAAGAGAUAAGACCACUACAUAAUUGAUUAUGAGAGCUGAAUAAUGGAGCAAAGUCAUGCAUCCAGUCUGAAAAUUAAACAUUUUAGUGAGCUUGAGAGAGAAUUCAAUAGUGCAUUAGUGAUUGCACAUUGAAUGGACUUAAAGCGGUACAUAAAUGUGCAAAUUCAAUAAAAAGACUAAUUAUGUGAAAAUUGUGUUUAAUGUUUAAGAUAUUGUGCAUCAAUAUCAGUGUUAAUAUUUAUUUGAAGAAAAAUGUUUAACUAUUAUAAAUUUAUGAUUACACUGUCAGUUCAUGAUAUAACAGGAUCCCUCAGGAAAAAAAAAUAAAUACAGCAUUAUCCAAAUGCUACACAAAAUGUACUACAAAGACACCAUUAAAAUUUAAAAUAACUGCAUAACUUAUGUAACUUAUUUGUAUAACCAAUAUUGUGACCUCAGCAGUUUUUUUCCAAGUCCAAUGCUACUACUACAAAGCUGGCUGGCACUAGCAGACCCCCUAGCCUUAGGACAACAUACUAGUACUCAACUUGCCUUGAAAAAGAUCAGCUGUGGUCAAAAUGCCAGCUAUAUCAAUAAAUUACAGAGUUAGUGUGGGGUCAUUAUAUUUCUGCAUCAUAUUACCAUGACCAUCGGAUAGAUGCUCCCUUCCAUGUAUGUCCAUCUUUUGUGUAUAUCAUGAUUUUAUUCCAUUUCCUUUCUGAAUACAGGGGUGAGAUUUCUAUGUACCAAACAUGUCUCUGAAGUUUGUAUUCCUUCUGGGUUCAUCUAUACACUAUGAUAAUACAGAGACAAUCACUCAAAAGAAAGUGCUUUGGGAAAAAUAAAAAGGUCAAUGUGUGGAGAAGCAGAUGAGCCUUUCAGGGUAGCGUGAGCAUAGGCUUCUAUGGGAAAAAAUGAAAGAAAAUAACUUAAAUUUGAAUGGCUGUUUUUUUUAACCUGCAUUAACUAAGAUUUAGCACAAAUUUGGAUACAUCAAGUAUAAACUUGUCUAGACCCCCCCACCCCCAGCUCCACUCUGCUAUUUUCAGGCUUUAUGUUUAUUUCUUGCCCUUUGUGGCCACUGUUGUUAAAUCCAUACCACACUUCUUCCACACCCCUGCUGACCCAAAGGCAUAAGAUGCAUUUUCCAAAAAAAGUAUGGCUCAUUUCAAUGAUGGACCAUGGAGGCUCCCUGUACAGGUACAACCCAAGGCAGGAACAUACAGUAUCUGUCUGUUAGACCCAGGAGGCCACAUUCUGUAGCACAGAAAGAGUGCGACAAAGAAUGAGGCAAAACCAGGGUUAACAUCAGCUUGGCAUUUUGGAAAUGGAGAGCAUUAAACACAUCCUCUUCUUCUUCUUUCGACUGUUCCCGUUAGGGGUCGCUACAGCAAAUCAUCUGUGUUAGGUGGACUAACUCUAUCCUCGACAUCCACUAUUCCUACCCCAGUUAACUUCAUGUCCU